AUGCUCAGUUUAGUGUGUAUUGCUAGAGGUUUUUUUUUUUCUGGGGAGAGUGCAUGUGAUCAGCACAGGGCCAAUCAGCACUGUCCAGACAGAGAGGUCACGGUUCUGCAUCCUCCUAGAGCAGAAUGAAAACUCCUCCUACAACCUUUCACAUGUGCUCUGCUGGACACUGAUAGAAGUCACAAGACUGCUCUAACUGCUGAUGAGAAAAGGUAUUAAGCAGUUUAUAUUUACUAAAAUAAUUGCAUUUCCAUGUUCUGAGUACUGGGAGACUGGUUAUAGCGAAUGAAAGGUUCUGGG